AUGAGCCCAUCUCGAACUCAAGUGGAAAUCUCACUACCUCGGGUUGAGUCUCCGCCAGUCGAUCGUCCCACCAUCUUAAGCAAUGGCUCUUCUCAUCCGGAAGCACCCGAUAGCGACCACCUCAAAAGUGCUACAUCCUUAUACCAUGGUCCAACCAGCGCUAUUUACGACGACACGGUGAAUUCGAGAAGUAACGACGACAUUGCAGAGUGGGCCAAUUCACCAGUGAAUGAGAGCUGGACUCGGAGCCACUUGUUUGCCGAAACAGCGAGGCAGAGGCAGUUGGAGCUGUUGAAUUUCUCCGCAGGAAAGCUGGAUUUUGAUGGCCUUGAUCCAGAGAUUGGAAUGCACCUCUUGUCGAUCUAUUGGUGCCGCCAACUUUAUACAGCGCAGAUCAUAUACCGACCAGCAUUUAUGCGAGAUAUGGCUUGCAAUGGGCCCUACUUUUCGAAAUUGCUUCUCAACGCCAUUCUUUUUACCGUGUCCAAGCACUGUCCCAGACCCGAGCUGCGUUCUGACCCGGAUGACAUCACCACGACUGGGUGGAGUUUUCGCCAACGGUUCACAGAGCUUCUACGAGAUAGCUUUGACAAAAGCGAAAUCACUACCCUCCAGGCGCUCCUUAUAAUGUCCAACUCUCUAUUUUCGAGAUGUGACGAGCGGAGUCUAUCUUGGUUGUAUGCGGGAAAUGCCUUCAAUAUGAUCAUUGACCUGGGCCUACAUGUACUUCCUUCUCCGAACAAGAUGUCCCCGGAGGAUAUUGAGAUAAGAAAGCGUGUUGUAUGGGGUGCCUACUCCAUCGACAAAAUCCAGUGUCUUUACCAAGGAAGGCCACCCCUUCUUCGCUAUAUAAACUUCAAGGCAUCACUGAAUUUUUUGGACGAUUACGACGAACUCGAUCCAUUUCAAGAAAUAACAUACGGCCCUGUGAAGCAUCAGUCGGUCAUUCCGUCGUUGAAUGUAUCUUUGUUAACAAAGCUAUGCGAGUUAUCGAUCAUCAUCGAUCGCAUUCUUUGCGAACUCUACUCCGAGUCCCAUGACAUGAGUCGAAGUCAGAGCCAGGUGAUCUCCGACGACAUAACUUCACAAUUAGGAAAGUGGCGACAAAACCUUCCGCCCCAGCUUGAUUAUCUUUCCCAUCCCAGUGAAAGUGUUCUCCUACCCCAAGCAUUCUGCCUCUUGGCCCUCUUCAACGUCCUCAUAAUUCUCUCUCAACGCCCUUUAUUCACGGGAAGCUAUAGCCAGUCUGACGUACCAGGAGCAGCCUACGAAUCCGUGAACGUGUGCACCACAGCCGCAAACCAAAUUGUGCAGAUCCUCCGUGACUAUUGCCAGCAUUUCUCUAUCAGCAGCGCCCCAUACAUGCUUUCAUACGCAACGUACAUCAGCGCAACGAUUCACGCUAGAAUUGUGGCCCAGAAGGGACGGAAUUCUAAUUCAUUCCAGUCUCUGUUAUUCUGUCGGGGUAUUCUCAAAGAGCACCAACACUUAUACGCGGCUGCUGGUAAAGCUAGUGCCAACCUCAACAAGCUCAUCACGCAUCUUGAUAUACGCAUCACUGAGGAUGAUGAGCAGAUUCCUGGGCCGGAGGGCAAUAUGACAAGCAGCCGGGUUAUUGUGCAGGAACCUGUCGCGGCUUUUGGUGUAUCUGACCUUCACCCGCAGAGUGUUGAGCUACAAUCGCCACAGUUGGAUUGGGAACUUUCGGAUCUUGACCUUGAGGCUAUUGCCCAGGGCUUCCGUCUUAGUGGGGAACUCGACUAUUUGAUGCGUCCCUCUGGAAUAUGA